AUGUACCAGCUCUCUUCCCGGUUCUCCGACUCGACCAUCGCUUCGGCCUCGUCGAGCUUCAGCAAGAUGUCGUCGGCCAGCAGCGCAUCGUCGGUAGAAGAUCUGCAGCUGCCUUCGCUCGACGCCAUCCCCAAGCCUCCACCUCGCACUUCGUCCAUCACGCUCGCCAGCACCAAGACAUACACCGAGAGUCAACGUCGUGAACGCAAGAAGCCCGCGCCGCUAGAGCUGGCGUCUCCCCCGCGAUCGAGACGAACGGUCCUGCAGACGGACUCGCCGGUGAGCGACGAUGGUCAGGGCUAUUUUAGCUGUAGCGAGCACCAGCGAGAAAGCUGCAGCAGGUCGACGUACCGACCGCGGUGUUUCUGUGGGUCAGACAUCCGUCCCUGCGACAGCGCGUCCAGUUCGACCAGCGUCGAGAUCUACUGCUCGACAGAGUGCGCGCGUCGAGAUGCACUGUACGCACUUGAGGGCCGCUCGCCAUCGUCAUGCCCUUCGUCCGCACCGCACUCGGACAACGAGGAGGAGGACGACUGCGACUUCCCCGUCACCCCGACCAACGCGUUCCUGCCCAGCCCACCUCGCACGCCUGCUGCCAAGGGGCGCACGCUGGAGCUGCAACGCAAUCCGUCGCUGGCACGGAAGCUGACGGGUCUCGGUGCAAGCCACUACCGAAGGAUGGAGGCGCUGGGGAUGUACGAUGCCGACCUCACGCCGACGAGGCCGUCAAGAUCGAGCCCGUUGCUGGAGCCCAUUGAUCUCAUGGUUGCGCACUCGCCCUCGAGCAAGUCGGCGCGCUUAUCCGGGUCCUUCGCAGAUGCAGAGGAGGAUGAUGGCGAGCUCGACGUCGAUCCCCGCAAGACUCUGUUCCUCCAAGUACCCUUCUACAUGAGCUCGCCUGUCUCGCCCUAA